UGUGGUGCUUUAGGACUUUAUUCAUCAGAAACAAAAUCAUGCAGUUCCAUGGAAUCAGCCAAAAACACAGUCAAACCACAAUCUUUAUAUAUCCUCUUUUGCAACCUGUGUAACCCCCAUCUAUUUUAUUUUCCAACACGUAAUUACUCUGCCACCAAUAUCUCUAAAUGCUUAGGUUCUUUCCAAUUUAAUACAAAUAUAUGGUGGGAAACCCCAUGUGAUGCCUUGGCCUGUUGAUAACCCUCUAAAAUGGAAACCACCUCAGACCCUGACCAUCUAUUCCUUUGGCACAUUGAUUAGUAAAGUUGUCGUGGUCAAACACAAAUCAAAAUUAAACAGCAUCCGUAAAUACACCAGAGUGCUAUUGUAUCUCCUUUAUUAUCAUCGUCCAUGUUCACCCUGUUGACGAUCUACUCUCUUUGAUGACGCUGCUUUACCACCGGUAGUGUAGUUCCCAGUUUGCCCGUUGACAGCAUUAAAAUGUACAGGGUACAGGGCUUGCCAACUUCCUUAGUGGUGAAUAACAUGCGUGGCACCACGAUGCAAAUACGCAUGCGCAGGCACGCCCCGCCCACCGCGUUCCGGUUGAGCUUCGCGGUGUACACGAGAAGGUCCGAGUUGCAAGUGGUGCAGACCUCUAAAAACAAAAGGAUGUUGCACCCAGUCAUAUCUAAGCUGCGUGGCAAGCUCGUAGUUCUGGCCAGUGCAUCUCCGAGGCGACGAGAGAUUUUGACCAACACGGGUUUACGUUUUGAAGUGGUGCCCUCAUGGUUUAAAGAGACUCUGGAUAAGACCUCAUUUGAAAGGCCUUAUGAAUAUGCAGUGGAGACAGCAAAGCAAAAGGCCCUGGAAGUGGCUCAGAGAAUGAGACUUAAACACCUGAAAAAUCCAGAUAUAGUGAUUGGAGCAGACACUGUAGUUACAGUAGAUGGGUUAAUUCUGGAGAAGCCCGUGGACAAGGAAGAUGCAUACCGCAUGCUGUCUAGAUUGAGUGGAAAAGAGCACAGCGUAUUUACAGGAGUAGUCAUAGUCCUCUGUAAUAAAAGAGAGGGUGGAGAAACAGAACACAAAGUGGUGGACUUUUCUGAGGAGACAAAGGUGAAGUUUGCAGAGCUGUCUGAGGAGAUGCUUUGGGAAUACAUUAACAGUGGAGAGCCCAUGGACAAGGCUGGUGGUUAUGGGAUCCAGGCUUUGGGUGGCAUGCUGGUGGAAUACGUGCACGGAGAUUUUCUCAAUGUGGUGGGCUUCCCACUAAAUCACUUCUGCAAACAGCUGGGAAAGAUUUACAACAGCUGCCCUGAGAUAAAGCACAAGGAUUUGGCCAUGUGUGAAGAGCCGUGGACUUCAGUCAGCUGUCAGUCUGAAAAAUGUGUAAAACCAGAAAUUAGCUACUUCAACCACUUUGACUCGGUGUGCAAAGUGGUCAAACCUGAAGAUAACAAGGACAACACUGAGGGCUUCCCACAAAACAUAUUGGAACUACUAGAUGGAUUUAAAGCUUCAAAGACUUUGUUCACAGCAUCCAGACUGGGAGUGUUUGACGUUCUAAACGUCUCUGGGCUUACAGUGGAGGAAGUAGCCAAUCGAAUCGAUGCCUCGUUGCUCGGCACUGAAAGGUUACUGGAUGCUGCUGUGUCUUUAGGGCUACUGUAUAAACUUAAAUGUGAAGAUAAGCUUGUGUAUCGGAACACAGACCAGGCCAGACAGUUCCUGGUAUCAGACAGUCCCCUCUCUCUGCAUGCAUAUAUCCUGCACUGCAAUGACAAGAUCUGGCCGCUUUUCACCGACUUAGAGAACGCUGUCAGGGAGGGCACACGACAGCAUGAGAGGACUUUUGGGAAGAAGUCUGAAAAUGUGUUCAAGGAUGUCUAUUUCAACAAUGAUGAAGUAACUGUUCACUUUAUGAAGGCCAUGCACAGCAUUGCUAAGGUGACUGGAAGAGAUGUGGCCACAGCAUUUGAUCUGUCUCACUUCAGAACAGCCUGUGAUGUUGGAGGCUGUACUGGUGCCAUGGCAUAUGAGUUUACCAAAGCUCAUCCUGAACUAUCUGUAAUAGUUUUUGAUUUGCCAGCAGUUAUUGAAAUGAGAAGUCAUUUCCAAUCUGUAGAAGAGGAUAGCAGAGUGUCAUUUGUUGCAGGAGAUUUUUUCAAGGAUGACCUACCCAAAGCAGACCUCUAUAUCCUGGCACGAAUUCUCCACGAUUGGUCUGAUGAGAAGAUUCAUGAGCUGUUGAGUAAAUUGUCCAAGACAUGUACUCCAGGCAGUGGUUUGCUGCUGUCAGAGAUUCUGCUGGAUGAGGACAGGACCAAGCCGAGUCGAGCCCUGCUGCAGGCACUCAGCAUGACUGAAGGAAGGCAGAGGAGUGCUGCAGAGUACAGUAACUUAAUAAAGAAGCAUGGCUUCAGUCCUGUACAAACCCGAUACACAGGCAAUAUGCUAGACGCCAUGCUUUUUGUGAAAGAUGAUGAAGCUUAGCCUGUUUAUUCUGUGGUUGCCUGAAAAGCUGAAAACGAUUAGAAGGAUUUUUAUACUAGAUGGCAACUUAACUGUCCAGGAAUGUAUCAAUUGUCAGUUAAAUGUUUUAAGCUGUCUCCUGUACAUCUGUAAAAAAAAUAAAUAAAUCAAGAACUAAAAGAUAGAAGAUGCAUUUUCUGUCCACAAAUGUAAUAAAAGUGACUUGUAUAAAAGUG